AGUUACUCUCUCAUGUUUGUGAUGGAGAGCACAUCUAUUCGAUUUUGUUAGUCUAUCAGAUGUGUUAUAGCCUAGUCCUAUCUUAUUUCGCAGAGUCGUUGAGCAUUCUUUCGGUGAUAAAUGCGUUUAGUCGAUAUGUUGCCCUGUAACUGUUAGGCUAACAGCCCUUAUAUCCACAAUUCUGGUCUCUUGGGUCGGAAAACAUACCAAGAUGGAUUUGUCAGUGAUCCUGAAAAACCUUCACAUUUCUAUGGAAGACAGUUGUGAUUCUUCACAUAGUUGUCCUCUAGCUAUGGUGCUUAAACAUAUCCAGGAUAUGCUCAAGCCAAACGCCUCGGAACAGGGAGUUUUCAUACUAGGCACCACUGAGCAGCUUUUUCUGAAUGCAGAUGUUAGUUGGCUUUUCCCUGCCAUUCCCGAAACUGAAUUAAGAAGUAUAUACAUAGACUUCGUGAAAUCUUUGAUGUAUUACGCUGCUUUGCCGGUUUGUGAUACGGACAGUGGAAAUCUACUCCCGAGUUUCUUCAGGGAUAUCCCAGGGCGCUCCUGUGCAGUCAGCGCUGUGAUGCAGGCCCUCCUUCUCCGACUUGGGGAUACAGAGGCGCCUUUAUAUCACAUUACUCGUAAUAGGUCACUCACACGUGCACUGGCACCCUUUAUGUGCGUGUUUUCUGUGACUCACCUUCAGGACCAGCCAUGGACCAGUGAAGCUUCUAAGAAGGAUGCCUUGGGUCUGCUGGCUUCCAUUUCCCAGACUAUAGGCCAUGAAUGUUGUCUGGACCUGCUGUGUGGGAAAACUGUAGAUGACCAUACAGGAGUACUCCAAACUGUCCUGGAUAUGCUCAAAUCAGAGCUGACAAAGGAAAACUGGAAACAGAACCAGGCAACAAAGCAUGUUUUCUCCUGGAUCUUGGUCCAGGUCAAGAGGCCAUGGUUGGUUUAUUAUCUAGAGAGUGUCUUCCCACCAUCCUUGCUGAUCUCUGAUGAUCACCUUUUGGAAAACAAAGUCCUUGGUGUUCACUGCUUGCAUCACAUUAUUCUCAAUGUGCCUGCUGCAGACCUACGGCAGUUCAACCGAGCACAUGUCAUUUACCAUGCACUGUUCAACCAUUUAUACACUUCUGAGGCACAGCUCUUAGAGGUGGUCCUGCCCUGCCUCUUAGACUUGCUAUCUGUUCUGGAGAGGCCCCAUGCAGAUAUAUCUUGUCCCAGGAAAAGAAAUCGUUAUGAUCAAGUGCUGUGUCACAUCCUAACAUAUAUGGAGAUGGAGGACAAGAUUGCUCUUCGUCUUCUUUAUGCUACCACUCUUAUUCCUUUCAUUGAAAGGAUGGGCAUUGUAAUUGUUCGCCAUCUUAAACGCCUAGAGAGAGUCAUUAUUGGCUAUUUGGAGAUAUCAGAUAGCCCAGAAGAAAAGACCAGAUUAACUAUCCUGGCCGUCUUGGAGAAGACAAUUCAAGUUGCUUGGCCAAGGAUUGAGUGCCGGAUGCCUGUUCUUGGACGGAGUCUGCUGAGACUGCUGUGUGAUGUUACCAGAGAGACACAACCCCCAGAUGUUAGAAAGGACCUCCUAGUCAGAACCACUCACUGUCUCCAGAUGUUGGACAGCUGCUCACAUGGCAAACUCAAAGGUAUCCUUGAAGAGGUGGAUAACACCUGUGCUAAUGAAACAGUUCUUGAGUGCAUAAAGAUGAUAACUGACCCACCCUCCUAUGAAUUGAUCACACAACAAAGUCCUGCUAAGGAAUAGUAAUUCAUUUUUGAGGGAAGUGGAUCUAUUAAAGUGAGAGGUGCACAAGAACACAGAAAUGCUGGCCAGAACUAAGGUAGACUGUUUAUUCUUUAUUAAGGAUUGUUAAGAGACUGAAUAAUCAAUGAAUGCUAUGUUCUGAUGGAAAGCAAACCAAUAUCAAGUAACACGCCAUUUUAUUAUUGAAAAAUAAAGUCAGAACUUCA